CCCCUCAUGAACGGGGUGUACAGCAAAGGCCGCACAGUUUGUGAACGCGUUAAGAUAUAGCAAUAUAUCGAACUGCAGGAGUGCAUUCUUUCUUUCAUUCCUUAGUUGUUAUGCUCGGCCGCGUUAACGACGUCUAAUGCCCAGCAUCAAAGCGUGGGAUAAGUCCCGUACGCAGAACUAAUUAUCAUCACACACUGCCAAAAAUCGCUGAUUAACGCGGCCGCGGCUAGCACGGUUUCGGCCAACUGCCAGGCACCACCGUGUGACGGACGGGUCGUCGCAGGAGAUGCUAUCGAAGUUGCUGGAAAGCGAUGGGCCUAGCUGGGCCCCGGUGCGUCGUGCAGUAUGCGUAGCGGUCGGUGCCUGCCUGACAGUGGCCGCUGGGUACGGCGUGUACCGCCUGCUACAGUACCGGGCAGCUAACCGGCCACCGCGCGAGUGGCAGCGGGUGGGCGAAGUGUCCGACCUUUGGAUCUAUCCGAUCAAGUCGUGCGGAGCGGUACGGGUGCGUCAGUUCGAUUGCACGGACAUCGGACCGGCGGUCGGAUUGUUGCGCGACCGCACCUUCAUGGUGGUGCGCAGCGGCGACGGUACGUUUAUUACCGGCCGUUCCCACCCAACGAUGGUGUUGGUGCAGCCCGCCUUCGAUGCUGACUACGAGCAGAUGACCCUGUCGGCACCCGGCAUGCUGGAUAUCGUCGUCGAGGUACGGCGCUUGCUCGAGGGUGGCCAGGCGAUCGGAACCGCCUCCGUUUGGGACCAGCCAGUCAGCACCAUUGACUGUGGUGAGGAGGUUGCCCGCUGGUUGUCGCGCUUUCUGCUCAGCGAAGACUUUGGCCUGCGGUUGGUGCUCUACCCACAUGACUCGCCGACGCGCCCGGUGCGCCCGAACAACCGUAUCCACGCGCUACUGACGGCCCGUGACUCGGGCGCCCUGCACGACGCGACCAGCUACAUGCUUGUGUCGGAGGCAUCGGUGGCAGAUGUCAACUCGCGGCUGGAGCGAUCGGUGCCAGCACUCCAGUUUCGCGCCAACAUCCUCGUGAAGGGUCCGGCCGCGUUCGCCGAGGAUAACUGGAAGUGGGUUCGCAUUGGGAGCACCAUCUACCGGAACGUGAAACCUUGCACCCGGUGCCUGUUUACGAACGUAAGCCCGGAAACGGGUAAGAGGAGCCCGGACCAGGAGCCACUAACCACACUCCGGGCGUAUCGCACGAAGCCAGGCCUCGGCGCGACACCGGUGCUCGGUACGCAGAUGGGCGUGCGGACCCUCGGCACGAUCGCACUCGGUGAGGCUGUCCAUGUCGGCCUCUAGUGGAGUCGUGUUCCACCGUUGUACCUACCUCCCACUCCGCGCUGGAUCAGCCAGUGGUCAUCUUCGCAGCCAGUAUUGCCCUGCCGAAAGUGUUCGUUUGUGCGUGCGGGUACGUGUACGUGUGUGUUUGUAUAACUUUUAUUUGUGUCUAUUAAAGCGGUUUGUUUUCUCGCGUAUGGUGAAAAUGAUACAAAACAAACCAAACCCAAAAUCAGGGCAGCAAUCAGAAAGUACAGAAAGAAAUCGGCUCGAAAGAAAUCGGCGACGUUGGCGACUAUCAGCGGGACCGUUUCAACCGUCCAGCGACGUCAACUACGCAACGUACACCGGAUCGCCGACCUUGACGGUCCCAUCGCCUCGCAGUCCCAGGUGGAUGCCGAAGGCCGGUGACUCACCGAGGGCCGGAAUCUGACGGUAUCUGUAUUGCAGAAG